CAAGCCGACGGCUUUUACAUAGGAACCGGAUGUGUGAUGACGACCUUGUUGGAAGCAGGAACAUGAGCACUGUAAACAGAACACAUGUAUUAUAACGAAAAAUAUCAUUAGUUAGUUAAUUGCACACAUUUUAGUUAUUGUAACCAUGUUUGCGAGCCUCAGAACCGCAUUCUGUGGAUUAGCAAUCGGAAGGACAACAGGAUAUUCAGGUGGAGCGUUGAACCAUAUAAAAGUGAUCUCUGUGGGACUGAAGACCUACGAAGUACCUCCAGACUAUAGCAAUGUGGUUCUGCCUGAGAAACCGAAACUUAAGUUCAUCAAUAAAGUGCCCAAUUUCAAAAAGGCAAAGAAGGAGAUGAAGAGACUGAAGGACAUCCAGGGCCCUGCCAAAGGAGCUGACAAAUUCACCGAAAAAGGCCAAUAUGGCAUUGUGGCCCUUGGAGGAGGCUUCCUGCACUGGGGUCACAUAGAAAUGAUGAGGCUGACCAUAAACCGGCGCAUGGACCCACGAAAAACCUUUGCCAACUGGCGCAUCAAUGCCCCUUACAAACCAAUCACUCGUAAGGGUCUAGGCCAGAGAAUGGGAGGGGGCAAAGGUGCCAUCGACCACUACGUCUCGCCAGUGCGUGCUGGCCGCAUGGUGCUGGAGUUGGGAGGCAAAAUCGAGCUGGGGGAGGUUGAACCAGUGCUCAUCGAGGUGGCCAAAAAGCUGCCAUUUCCUGCUAAGGUUGUGAGCAGGGAAAGUUUGGCAUCCUUACACAAGGAACAGGAAGACAAGGCAACAAAUAACCAGAAUCCCUGGACCUUUGAGCAGAUUGCUAAGGGAAACAUGAUGGGGAUCCGGAAGGUCCUAAGUCCCUUCGAUCUACACAACCACGGCCGCUAUACUGGAAAGUUCUACAACCCAGACAGGGUCUGAACUGCUGACCUUGCAGUUGUAUAGGCCCAAGGGAGUCAUGACUGAAUGCAGAUUGCACUGGACUUGAAGCUCUCUUUCAUUUAAGACUUCCCUUGAGUCUAGACAUGUAAAUUAUACAUGCAGUCAUCCCCAGACAAAAUGAUACAUGAACAAGAGUACCGCCCAUGGGACUGGAUUAGAUCCUCAUGGUGAUUUGUGGGACUCGCUGUCCUUUGAUGAAACAUUGAUGUCCUCUGACAUUAGCUGUUAUUAUUUUCACCACACAAAUGGGAGGUGCUGUGUUAUACAGUAAAAGAGUAUGCAAACUUUGUUUCUGUGCAUGACAGUGUUUAUGUAUGAUUAAAUUGGUUUAUUGACAAAAA